UGCGAGGAGGGGGCCAGACGAGACCCAAGGGAGCCCAAGCCAAGGAAGGCGGGCAGAGAGGGCCAAGGGCCGAGUCUACCUUUCUUCCUCCUCCCACACCGCACACCACUUUGCAAUCAAACUUCUCACCGCUCUACGCCUACCUCCCCUCUUCCCUUGCUCCCCGCACUUUCGAAUGCUCCCUGCUGUUUGUUGGCGUCGACUUCCUGCCUCGGCCCGCUCCUUUACUGCAUUCUCCCCCACUAUGGCACCCGGCAACUCAUCUCCCUCAACAUCAUCGUCGUCGUCAUCAUCCUCGACGACGGUGCGACCCUCGUCAUCUUCGUCGUUCACACCUUCUUCUCGACCACCGGUAUCCGACCUCUCCUUCGGCCCUCAAACGCACCCGCGCCCGACUGCAUCGACGCCGACGCUGCCAUCGGCUUCCGGCCUGCCUGCCAUUCGACGUGUAGAACAAAUAGGUCGCCACAUCCACACAUCUCCCGCCACGAUGUCGAACCCGCAAGAAUUCAAGCAGGCCCCUCACAAGCUCCUGGUCAUCCCAGGCCCAAUCGAGGUAGCAGACGAUGUCUUGCUCGCCAAUGCCCACCCAUCUAUGUCGCACGUCUCACCGGAUUUCGUCCCUGUCCUCGGCGACUGCAUCAGGAUGUUCCGCGACUGCCUCCUCGCCCCUGAGGCCCAGCCCGUCAUCACGGCUGGCUCCGGCACGCUCGGUUGGGACCAUGUAGCAGCAAAUGUCAUCGAGCCGGGAGAGGAGGCGCUUGUUCUCAAUUCGGGCUACUUUGGUGACUCGUUCGCUGAGUGCCUCGAGGUGUACGGCUCAAAGGUGACGCAAAUCAAGGCGCCUAUCGGCUCCAAGCCCAGCCUGCAAGAGGUCGAGGCAGAGCUCAAGAAGAAGAAGUACAAGGUCCUCACCUUCACUCACGUAGACACCUCCACCGGCGUCCUCUCCGACGCCAAGGGGCUCGGCGAGCUUGUUAAGCGCGUGAGCCCCGAGACCAUCCUCGUCCUUGACGGUGUCUGCUCCGUCGCAUCGGAAGAGAUUCGCAUGGACGAGUGGGGAAUCGACGUCGUCCUCACCGCCUCGCAGAAGGGUCUCGGCUGCCCUCCCGGCCUUAUGCUCCUCGCCGCAUCAAAGAAGGCGAUCAAGGCCUUUGAGAGCCGCAAGACUCGCCCCAACUCCUACUACGCCAGCUGGGCCAAGUGGAUCCCGGUCAUGAAGGCUUACGAGGCAGGCACGGGCGCAUACUUCGGUACGCCUCCCACCAACCUCCUGUACGCUCUGCACGCUUCGCUCACCAAGAUCACAAAGAAGAGCCCCUCGAUUGAGGAGCGUUGGGCCAUGCACAAGGCCGCUUCUGACCGCAUCAAGAACUACGUACAGAAGGAGCUCGGCCUUGACCAACUCGUACAGGACGGCAUCAAGGACGGAGCGCACGGAAUGACGGCGGUGCGCUACCCCAAGGGAUUCAAGGCUGCGGACCUCCUCCCGCGCCUGGUGAAGAGGGACGUAGUCUUUGCUGCUGGUCUGCACAAGGAGUGCAAAGACGAGUACUUCAGGAUCGGGGCAAUGGGCCAGGUGACGGUUGUUGAGGACGCCAAGAAUGGGCAGAUUGACCACCUGCUCAAGAGUCUCAAGGAGGCACUCGAGGAGGCCGGGUACAAGAAGUAGUAAGCGCGCUCAUGGCACAGUGUACACAAAGUAGCGGCAUUUGCCACCCAUAAUACAAUCUUCAGCUCUCCCGAGACAUAUCUGCUUCAUUCCCAUGCUCUCGUCAUAGUGGCGUCACGUCGUUUGUUUGCGUGAAUCAUGAUCUGAUAUUGCUGCUACGAAUCAACCUCGAACCACACCUCUAGUUGAGGGGCGCAACGUUGACCAUCCCCUCGGUAUGCUCCAUAGGCACCUCCUUGACAAACGCCUCGACACACUGCGCCAUCGUCGGGCUCGCCCUGCUCACGGGGUCGGUAGUGUAGAACUUCUCCCUCGUCAGUGCCGCAAGCAACGGCGCACCGCU